AUGGAACAGAUAUUUGCACUUUCACCCCGUCCAACAGCCAUCUUGGACGGAGAGUUGCGGAUAAUCACUGCGUCAGUGGCAUGGAAAACCCUCUUCAACGUGCAGGCGGAUCAAUGCCAUGGUAAGAGACUCCCAGACAUAGUCAGCAAUGUGCUUAUCCCGGAAAAUUGUGCAAUGAUUCUCAGACUCAUACAAGCCGCUAUCGAUUCCCGCAAAGACCAAAGGUCUGAGUUACUGGUUGGAAGCCUAACCGGGCAUUGGCAGUUGCGGAUAACACCGAUCUAUGACGGUGACGAACUCCUCUACAUUGUCGCAGAAGGCGAGGAUGUCAGCGAAGAGGUCCAAAGGAAGUUCGACCUGUCCGCCCGGCUAUCUUCUGCUGAGACAUAUCGCAUACUUGUCAGUACCCUUCGAGACUAUGCCAUUUUCAUGCUCGACGCGAAGGGAUGCAUAGUGACAUGGAACACGGGAGCGAUGCUUCUUAAACAAUAUACUCAGGACGAAAUCAUUGGCAAGCACUUUUCCACGUUUUACAGCGAAGAUGACCGCAGGGUGAGAAAACCUGAGAAGGAGCUGGAGCUAGCCCUCCGAGAUGGGAAAGUGGAGGAUGAAGGAUGGCGCAUCAGGAAAGAUGGCUCUCGGUUUUGGGCCAAUGUCCUCAUCACUCCUGUCUAUCAAGACGGGAUGCUCAGAGGGUUUAGUAAAGUGACAAGAGACCUUACCGACCGGAAGGCAACGGAAACUAGUUUAAUUGCCGCCUACGAAGAAGCGUCCAAGUUGAAGUCCGAAUUUCUGGCUAACAUGAGCCACGAAAUCCGCACGCCAAUGCACGGAAUGUUGUCUGCGUUGGCACUUCUUAUCGACACCGGCCUUUCAGCCGAGCAGAAGGAACUUACAGACAUUAUUGACGAAUCCGGUGCCAUCCUGUUGCAGGUCAUCAAUGACGUACUCGACUAUUCAAAAUUGAGCUCUGGUUCCUUCUCUAAUAGUCAAGAAUUGAUGAAUAUUGCAGACAUCGUUGCAGCGGUGCGGCGGUGUUUCAACGUUGGUUCCAAGAACAGGCUGAAGUUCGAGGUGGAGCUGGAUCCUGGCCUACCCACAUUUGCCCGAGGCAACCCACUCCGCUACCGGCAGAUCCUCCAAAAUCUGGUAUCGAAUGCUAUCAAAUUCACAGAACAUGGUUAUGUGCGAGUCAAAGUGCUUGUAUCGCAUGAAGAUGAAGCUUCCUUUAGCAUCAGGACCGAAGUGACCGACACUGGAAUCGGUGUUUCACAAGAGGCGGAGAGCAUGUUGUUUACUCCAUUCGCUCAAUUGGACCACUCGUCGACCACACGAUACAAAGGCACCGGCCUUGGUCUUUCCAUCUGCAAGAGCUUGGUGGAGCUUAUGGGCGGUACUAUCGGUUUCGCUCGCACUUCUGGACACCAAGGUAGCACUUUUUAUUUUACCUUGGCGAUGGAAAAGGUGAAUGUAGCUCCCGUGCUACGAGCUGAUACUUCACCUGACGUUGAUCUCAAAAGUGUCGUCCAGGGGAAGCAGAUCCUAGUAGUGGAAGACAAUGCCAUCAAUCGGACAAUCAUGAUCCGGCUUUUACGUGGAUUUGGCUGCGAAAGAGUGGACGUUGCCGAUGACGGCGCAGAAGCCGUUCGUAUAAUCAAGCAAAAACCGCUUAGCUAUUGCGUAAUUCUCAUGGAUAUCAGCAUGCCGGUGAUGGAUGGAGUUACAGCCACGCAGCAGAUCCGGGCUCUGGGCCAUGCACUGCCUAUUAUCGCCAUGACCGCAAAUGCCUUGAAAGGCGACCAGGAAACAUACUUGUCAGCAGGCAUGAAUGACUACAUCCCCAAACCGGUUGACAGGAAGCAACUCUCACAAGCUCUACUGCGAUGGUUGCGGUGA